UUGGCUGAUGAAGGCCGGGUGCCCAGGCCGGGUUUUCCCGGGUUGGGUUGAGUUUCGGAGAGUUGAGUUAUGGCCUCUAGGAACAAGCAAUUGCGCGAACUACAGGGACAGCUGCUCCCGUCCAAGGCCCUGGUGGAGGUGAACGAGGACUGCCUGGAGGAGGAGGACGAUGACUGCCUGGCGGAGGAGGAGGACGAGCCGGUGUUUGUGGACGCCGAGGAGCUCUGCAGCGGGGGCCUCAAGGCCGGCAGCCUCCCCGGGUGCCUCCCCGUUGUAAUUUCUGAUGAAAACACUCGGAAGAAGUAUGAAGUGUCUGGACAUUUUCCAUUAACGGGUCCUUGGUGGCGAGUGAAGGUACAAGUAAAGCCUGCAGGAUCAAGGAACUAUCAAGUUCAAGGAUUUCCAUCGUACUUUUUACAGUCCAAUAUGUCACCACCAGAUCAAAAAAAUAUCUGUUCCCUCUUUCUUACGGACUGUAAUGCCCCCAGUGACACUAUAACUAAAUUUUUAGCUUGGGUAAAUGCAACAUUAGGCUAUGAAAAUCUCAACUUUGAAAAUCUUUGGGAAACGUUGAGAACUUUUGAGAAGGAAAAUAUGAAGAAUGGUAAAAAACAAUCUACACAGCAAGAGUCCCAACCAGAUAACCAGAUGUGGCGUUCUGUGGAAAAAACAAUUCCAUUUAGAAGUGUAAUGACAGCGUUGAAGUUUCCAAAAAUAAUGGAAUUUCUUCCAGUUCUUCUGCCUCGACACUUUAAGCAGCUCAUAAGCUCGUGUCCUAACGAGGUGUUGAGAAACAUGGAAGAGAUUUUAGGUACACAUCCAUGGAAGCUUGGAUUUAGUAAAGUCACCUACAGAGAGCUGAAGCUUUUGCAAUGUGAGGCAAGUUGGACAGCAUUUUGUCAGUUUCCGUCUCUCCUCCUCCUGAUGACUGAUGUGCAGAAGAAUGGGUUGAUAGUAUAUUCUAAGCUGAAGCAGCUGUGUAGAGAGCAUGGGCACACAUAUGUGGAAGGACCUGACUUGACUUCUCAGUUGUCAAACCAGAUGUCUUUUCAUGAUGUUUGGGAGUGUCUGAAGUUUUUGAACGAUAUCCAUGUGGUGACCUAUAAGAAGGGCUGUGUCUUUCUUUAUAACCUUUACCAGGCUGAGAAAGGCAUUGCCUCUUCUAUAGGUGACCUGAUGAAGAGGCCUCCGUGGUGUUUUCAUGUCGAUGUGAAAAAGGUGCUUGCGUCUAUUCGUACCAAAAAACCUGAGAAUUCAAGAAGGGGUGAUCCAUUGAACGAAAGUAAACCUGAUGAAACAUUAGAAACUUCUGAGGCCAACACACAGGACAGUGGGGACCAUAUUUGUGAUCAUGGUGAAGAUGAAGGUAAUGCAGAAAUACCUGACGAUCAACUGGACCAGGACCAGGUGGCUGCCUUGGAGAUGGUCUGCUCCAAUGCUGUGACAGUCAUCAGUGGGAAAGGCGGUUGUGGGAAGACCACAAUUGUUAGCCAUCUUUUUAGGCAUAGAGAGCUGUUGGAAAAAAGGGAAGUAAAGAAAGCUUGUGAAGACUUUGAACAAGACCAGGAUGUACCAGAAGAGUGGAUUACCUAUACCGAGCAAAGUCUGCCAAAGGCAGACAAGGGUAUAGAAGUUUUACUUACGGCACCUACAGGGAAGGCUGCUGGCUUACUGAGACAGAAGACUGGUUUUCACGCUUAUACACUGUGUCAGGUCAGUUACAGCUUCUAUUUUUGGAAGAAAACAAUGGACAAGGAGAACAGCGAGAAUAAUAGUCCAUGGAGAUUUUCUUCAGUGAGAGUUCUGGUUGUGGAUGAAGGGAGUUUGGUAUCUGUAGUAAUCUUCAAAUCUGUUUUAAAUUUAUUGCUUGAGCACUCCAAUCUUUCUAAGCUUAUUAUCCUUGGUGAUAUUAGACAGUUACCCAGCAUUGAACCUGGCAACUUACUGCAAGAUCUUUUUGAUACUCUUAAGUCAAGGAAUUGUGCUAUUGAACUAAAGACAAACCAUAGAACAGAAUCUGAGCUAAUUGUGGACAAUGCUACAAGAAUCUCAAAACGCCAAUUUCCAAAAUUUGAUGCGGAGCUGAGUAUCUCCGAUGAUCCAACAAUCCCUGUCUCAAUACAAGAUAAAACGUUUAUUUUUGUGAGACUCCCAGAAGAGGAUGGCAGUUCUCAGUCAUCGAAAAGUAAUCACCAUUCUCAUUUAUAUUCUGCUGUUGAAAAUUUACUCAAAGAAAAGGACCUAGAGAGUGCAGAAACAUCACAAUUUAUUGCAUUUAGAAGGCAAGACUGUGAUGUCAUCAACGACUGCUGUUGCAAGCACUACACAGGCCUACGGCACAAAGACCAUAAGAAUAGACUUAUAUUUGGAGUUGGCCAUAAAAUUUGUUGUACCAGGAAUGCAUAUCUCUCGGAUUUACUGCCUGAAAAUAACUUCAACAGUCAGAAAAGUAAUGAACUAGAAGAUGGUAUGCCUCAUGGUGUUGCUAAAAAUAAGCAUGACUUUGAAAGUGGUAUUCGACUCUGCAAUGGAGAAAUAUUUUUCAUAAGGCAGGAUAUAACUGAUGUAACUUUUGGAAAGAGAAGAUAUUUGACCAUUGAUAAUAUGGCUGGUUUGGAAGUAACUGUGGAUUUUAAGAAACUAAUGAAAUUUUGUCGCAUAAGACAUGCAUGGGCAAGAACCAUUCACACUUUUCAGGGGUCCGAGGAGCAGACCGUCGUCUACGCGGUGGGCAAGGCGGGCCGCCAGGACUGGCAGCACGUGUACACGGCGGUGACCCGCGGCCGCAGCAGAGUGUACGUCAUUGCAGAAGAGGCUCAUCUCCGGAGCGCCAUUUCCAGGAACAACGUCCGCAGAAAAACUCGUUUAAAACAUUUUCUGCAAGACCAGCUCUCCUCAAGCCCUGCGUCUCCGCCGGAGGGUGCGUCCCCGUCCAAGGGCCCCGAGGACAGCAGAGGCGCCAGCACACCGCCGCCAGCAUCCCCGUUCCCUGCAGCCGCCGCUGACUCGGCGACCGGUGAUGGCCAGGCCUCUGCGGCUGCGUUCGAGGCAUUCGCCUGCCCUGUCGGCUGGAGAGGACCUUUCCCUGGUGAAGUGAAUGCAGGCGGAGAUCCAUCCCAACCGCGAGGGUCCAAAAGAACCUGUGCCAUGGCUGGUGAAAGUCCCAGCAAAGUCCGCAUGGUUUCAGCUGUCACCUUUGCACUGAUGAUGUGUCAACCAGUAGUCUCAACUGUCCACUGCAUUCCCGGUGUGGGGGACUCAGUGCAUUCUCCCUAUUACACAAGCCGGACUCACCUUGCCUUCGCCCUCUGCCUCCAGCUGAUAGAUUUAUUGCAGAAUGUAGCUCUCAGGAAUUUCUUUCAUUCUAUGAAGUCUGGGCAAUUUUAGAGCCUUACUUCAUUUUUUUGGAUGAUUGCUGACCCGCUGCCUUCCCCCCUCACUCCCAUCCUCCUAGAACACUCUGCACCUCGUUACCAAAUUCACCCCCUUAAGUGCUCAGCUCUUUCCUGUGUUAAAAGCCUUCAACUGAAGUUCCAGACUGUCUAGCUUGGCAUUUGAAACCUUGCACAGUUUGACUCCAGCUCUCGGCAUCAUUUUAUUUCCCACUGCUCUAUUCCUGCGUUAGUCCAGCUAGUCCUCAUUCACUGAAAUGAACCGAACUUACUCUCAUUUCUUCCUUUUGGCUUUUGCUGUGCGACUUGGUUUGGAUGCCUUAUUCUCUCUGCCUGCCCUCGUUUAUUUAGCAUUUGAUGGAAGUUUGGAUCCUCUUCUGGUCGCUGACCUAAAUGUGGAGGGCGUAAAACAGCCCCCUCUCUGACUUUGUUGACAUUAUAGUCUACCAGAGGGUCAUAGGCAGAAAAUACAAGAGAAAUAAAAAGUUCAGGUCAAGAAAGAUUCUAUGAUGAAAAGAAAGGUAAUGAGGUAGGGAAUGGUGGGAGCCGGGGCGGAGGAGGGCGGCAGGAGGUGCUACUUUGCCACGGGAGUCAGGUAAGGCCUUACUGAGGAGAGCACAUGUGAGCUGACCAACCAACAGCCCCGUAAGGCUCAGAGAAGUGCCUCCAGGUGGAGGAUACAGAAGAGGCAAAGCCUGAAGAGGGAACGGCCUUGUUGGAAGGGAAGCGGCUGAUGUGCCAGUGGGUGAGGAAGAGGGUGUGUAGGUGGCGAUGCUGGAGAGAUGGCGGGGCCGUGGUAGGGAGGUGGGGAUGCGCUGGAGCUUUAGCACAGGGGUGACCCUCUGUGUGCUUACAGUCAGCCCGUGUGUUGCUGUGGAGAGUGAACUGUGGAAAGUGCGGUGGGAGCAGGGAGGCCAGUCAGAAGGCUGUCGUAGGGAAGGUGUAGGGAGGAGCGGGGAGGUGAUGAGAAGCGGAGAGAUGCUGGAUGCAUUCUGCAGAUGGAGUCAACAUGACCUGCUGACUAGAUGUGAGGGGGUAAAACAAAACGUUAUCCAGGCUGGUUUCUGGGUUUCUGGUUGAAGGAACUUGGUGAGUGGCAGGGCCGCUUCCUGGGAUGGCAAGGCCUUGAAAAGAGCCGGGUAAGGUGGACUCACUGAGGAAGCCAGUGGUGGUGGU